AUGGAACCGGCCUCAGUCGAGGCCGCAGCCGCAGCCGCGGUGGUUCCGGACUCGGAGUCCGACUCCGCCGAAACGCUGCGGCUCGAUAUAUACGAUCUGAUCCGCGAUGCGGAUGCAGGAUCUGAAACCGAACAUGAAGAAUUAGCCGCGGCUAAAGCCGCGGCUGCGGCGGCGCCAGUAGGGGCUGGAGCCGAGGCUCUAGCCACACGGCGCCUCAAAUCGUCGCUCAAACUGUCGUCGAGCGGGUCCUCGGCGUCAUUGCCGAGCACCACAGGCAAAAGCGUGCGGUUCGCCCCGCAGCUCACAACGGUCAAACGGUUCGAUGUGGGCCUAGAACCCAUCUCCAUUUCGACCGAAAACUCGCCCCGCAUGGCGCCCCGCACCGCGCCCCGCAUUUCCCCGCUCGUCGCGCUGGACGCGUAUCUGAGCGACUGCGUCGACAGCAGCGACAGCUGCGAUGACGCAGACGGGGAUGACGAAUUCUGGUUCGGAACGGCGCUAUCGCGGAGCAAACUGCCGCUGUCGACCGUGGCAUGGGCGCCUGUGGGGGGCUCGGCGGCUACAGGGGUUCCCGGGUCCUCCGGGGCCCCUGGGGCUUCCGCGGCUUCCGCGGCUUCCGCGGAAGCCGCGCAAGUCCCGGGCUCUGCACAGCCCGCGUUCACAGUCGCGUCCUGGGCACUCGAAUCGACUAAUAUCGCGCCGCUCGUGGCGCGGCGCGCAUUGGAUCUGCAAUCGCAUAUCCUUGCGUAUCUCCAAGGCAAUAACAUCAAGCUCAGCAGCAUAUCGACGUGUCUCGACAGCAACAAGCUGCAAGGGCUCAUCUACGUUGCCAACCUGAACUUCGAAAAAUUUAUAGAGGUCAAGUGCACGUUUAACAGCUGGCGGGACGUGCACUACGUGACCGCGCAUUACCAUCGCACCGUCACGGACGCGAUCGACGAGUUCCGGUUCCAGAUCGACCUCGCGGGGCUCGAUUUCUUCAUGCAGCGCAGGGGACUCCUGUACUGCAGCGACAAGCAUUCCGAGACCGUGUGCCACUUGCAAUUGGAACUGUGUUGUCGUUACGACGUAAACGGCGACACUUUCUACGACAACAACAACUACCAGAACUACCAAGUCGCGCUGACCGCGACGACAAGACCCGCCAUGUCAAGGCCUGCCAACGGGCUGGGGCCAGAUCAUUUCCAAGCGUUUGACCACCGUCUCGAGGCGGCGCUGCCGCUGCGCGGCAGCCCCGCGACGGCCAAACCGUUCACGCCGGAUUUUUUGGUCACAACCACCUUGACGCACGAGCCCCACAACGGCUCGCGUGCAGCAGGUCGUCGGUUUUCGAAAAACACCGACUACUAUAACACUUCGCCGCUCAAGCACUUGUUCCACAGCGACACCACCCUGUCGCGGGCCUUCCGCAUCAACGACGUCACUUUGGAGCCCACGGCGGAUGAACGUUUGGCCACAGAGACCCCAUCGACGGUCGUGCCUUUGUCCAGCCCGCGUUCUGCUCCAGACUUGUCCCAGAUGUCUACCGCUACAUCGCCCAUGCACUUCCUGCUCAACUCACCCGACGCAAACUACACGCAUCGGUCUCCUACGCCGCCUCCGCUUUUGAAAAGUGCGUCGACGUCGGAUUUGGACUCGGCCUCGCCUUUGCUCGACGUUUCGUCGCCGAGCACGGGGCUCACGGUGAGUUCACAGGAGAUGCCCCGCAUCAUGAAUUCUGCGGCGGCGUCAACCACAAACGCACAUCACUUGACCUACAACAACUCCAACAAGCACCUUUCCAAACGGGGCUUGCCCAAAAAGUCCAUGGACUACGACACUUUGCUUCAAUCUUACUGUUUUUACUCACCACCAAAGGGCGGAAUAGAUCACCAUCAAGAUUCGGACUCAAACCAGAAUUUCGCAACCUUUGAAACCGGACAGGGAUCUCCCUGGACAAGCCGAUAUUCCUCAGCUUCACCUCCGGUGCUACUUCAGGGCCAAUAA